AUACUGUUUCCAUUAAUUUAUCCAACAAUAAAAUAAAAUGUCAAUUUCUGUAAUCAGCAAAGGUCUCAGUAGUUUCUUCUCCGGCCCUUUCACCUCCUAGUGCUUCUCCUCUCCGCCGCCGCCGCCGCCGCCACCACCGGCUUUGUUACUCUGCUCCAGAGUAUUUUGAUCUAUUUUUGCGAUUAAUUAGAGGAUUCCUGACUAUUGAUCAUCAACCGGAGUUUCAAAUUGAAUAGAUUGAUCAUUGGAAGAUAUGAAUUCACGAAGGGAACGUGGCAAUAGAGCUGCUCUAUUUGAUGGAAUUGAGGAAGGUGGCAUAAGGGCUUCUUCAUCAUACUCUUCGCACGAAAUUGAUGAACAAGAGAAUGAGAGGGCAAUCGAUGGGCUGCAAGAUAGAGUUAGUUUUCUCAAAAAGUUGUCAGGUGACAUACAUGAGGAAGUGGAUACUCAUAACCGGAUGCUCGACAGAAUGGGCAAUGAUAUGGAUUCUUCAAGAGGUGUUUUAUCUGGAACCAUGGAUAAAUUUAAGAUGGUUUUUGAGACAAAAUCAAGCCGAAGGAUGUUUACACUCGUCGCCUCGUUUGUGGUUCUUUUUCUGGUGGUGUAUUAUCUCACUAGAUAAUAUGCAAUGGUCUUAUGUUUAGUUAUUCAGACUCUCCAAAAAUGCUACCACAAACCAUGUCGGAUCCGCUAAAAAUGCACCACUUUUGUAGGAUCCGACAUACAUUUUUGAAGAGUCCGAGCAACAUAGGUUUUAUGUGCAAAGUUGCUGAGAUUCUGAUAUUAGCAUUACUGUCUCACUGUAAGAAUGUUCAGACGUGUGUAUCUGUGUCGAGAUGUUUAAAUACAAUUUGAAGAUGUGGAUCUGUAUAACACUAUCAUUCACAUACAUUGAUAUACAAUGCAACUUUUGUUACAUAAAAAUUUA